CUAUGUGAAAAUUCCAAGAUGGCGCGUUCCGUCAUGAGCUGACUCCGUUGGCGGCGCGCGCACCGUAGCGGUAGCGCCCGGGGGCUGUUUCUGGUCCUCUUCCUCGUCGACGGCAACUUCCUCGGGGCUGGGGGUGGGGCUGGGGGUGUCGUUCAUUCCUUUACGCUUUGUUUUCUUCUUCUGGUUUUCAAAAACCCAGGUAUACAUUUUGAAAACAACUGGAACAAUCUACUACUAUUCUGGAUUGUAUUGCUUUACAGAAUAAAAUGUUUUUCUGACUGAGAGUUUAUCUAAUGACCAUGAAUCUGCUUCCUGGAUAUAAUUUCUAUGUUCUGGAAUACUGAAGCUCUUCAAUAUUAUUGUCUAUGUGGAAGCCAGCCUUUGUCAUACUUAAUUAAAGAGAUUAGAUUCUGCUAGCAAUGAGUUCUCAAAACCAUUCAGGUGAACUUUCUAGCAGAGAUCAGCCUGUAGAAUUGCUAAACACAUCCAGAGUAAAUCAUACUACAAGUUCUGUUGAUGUGUCUCCAACAGUACCUUUGCAAGUUUCACCUAUGGAUUUUCACGUGGAUCAUCAAUUCUCCAUAUCAGUGGCUGAACCUACAUUACGUGAACAGCAGCUCCAACAGGAAUUGUUAGCCCUCAAACAAAAACAACAAAUCCAGAGACAGAUCCUCAUAGCAGAAUUCCAGAGACAGCAUGAACAACUUUCUCGUCAACAUGAAGUUCAACUACAUGAACACAUAAAGCAGCAACAGGAGAUUUUAGCAAUGAAACAUCAGCAGGAGCUAUUGGAACACCAGAGAAAAUUAGAACAGCACCGGCAGGAGCAAGAAUUGGAAAAACAAUACAGGGAACAGAAACUCCAGCAGCUUAAAAACAAAGAGAAAGGAAAAGAAAGCGCAGUAGCAAGUACAGAAGUAAAAAUGAAAUUGCAAGAGUUUGUUUUAAAUAAAAAAAAGGCUUUGGCUCAGCGAAAUCUCAACCACUGCAUUUCCAAUGAUCCUCGUUUCUGGUAUGGGAAAACACAACAUAGUUCUCUUGAUCAGAGCUCUCCACCACAGAGUGGAAUGUCAGGCGCUUACAAUCAUCCUGUAUUAGGAAUGUAUGAUUCCAAAGAUGAUUUUCCACUCAGAAAAACAGCAUCUGAACCCAAUCUCAAAUUGCGAUCUAGAUUAAAGCAGAAGGUUGCUGAAAGGCGCAGCAGUCCUUUGUUAAGACGAAAAGAUAGUCCUGUAGCUACAGCUCUUAAAAAACGCCCAUUAGAUGUCACAGAAUCUGCAUGCAAUAGUGCUCCUGGAUCUGGCCCUAGUUCUCCAAACAAUAGUUCCAGUAAUAUAAGCACUGAAAAUGGAGUUGGAUCAGUUAUAAAUAUACAAACAGAGACUACCUUGGCUCAUAGACUGGUUAAUCAUGAAGGUUCAAUAACACAGCUUCCAUUGUAUACAUCUCCCUCAUUGCCUAAUAUAACCUUAGGACUACCUGCAGCAGCCCCAUGUACUAGUGGAUCAGGACAGCAAGAUUCUGAAAGACUUACUAUUCCAUCAUUACAACAACGAAUCUCCAUAUUUCCUGGCGCCCAUAUCACUCCUUAUUUGAACAGUACAGCAGUGGAUAGAGAAGGGGGAUCAACACACAGCCCUCUUCUUCAACACAUGGUUUUGCUGGAACAGUCAACUGCACAAAAUCCAUUGGUCUCAGGACUAGGGGCACUCCCUCUCCAUGCACAAUCUCUUGUGGGUGCUGAUAGACUAUCUCCCUCAAUACACAAACUGCGGCAGCACCGUCCUCUGGGACGCACUCAGUCUGCUCCCCUUCCCCAGAAUGCACAGGCCCUCCAGCAAUUGGUGAUCCAACAACAACAUCAUCAGUUCUUGGAAAAACACAAACAACAAUUUCAACAGCAGCAGUUGCAUAUUAACAAGUGUGCCACGCCAGGUCAUUUACCUUGUGAAGAUCUGUCUUCUCUCCAGCAUCUCUGUUUCUUUGCCUAUGAGCAACAAGCAGCGAGAACAGAGAGAGAGCAAAAUGAGUGUGUCCUGCUCAGUUUCUCUGAUCACCAAGCCUUCCUGCCACUUCUGGAGCAGCAGGCAGCCUCAAGACUGGAACCUUCUGGGUGUCCUGAUCCCAUGGGAUAUCAAGCACCCAUUCUUUGCAAAAGAGGAUGGGUGCCUGAACUCGUAUCUGUGUUUACCAUGGGGACCGUGCAUGGAAUGUCCAUGUACAAAAGCGAACGGGAAGAAAUGGAAAACUGGGAAGAAGCCACUUCAAGGCCCAGGAGCAGUGGAGACUAUCCUGGGCUGGAAGAAGAGGCAGAAGCUUUGGAGUACCAGCAAAAUCCCAGAUGA